AUGCCACAACCAAUUGUCUACGAGGGGGUCAAUGGAUGUUACGAGGGUACUCUGUUCAAUGGUCUCAAGUUCUUCGUAUCCAGGCGGUUGCCUCUUCGCAGUGAGGUUCUUGGAAAGAUCAAGAACAAUGGCGGCAAAAUCGUAGAAAUGGAGAAGUUUGCCGAUGUGCUGAUCUGGGACUAUCUCAUUACACGUGGUGCUCCGGCUGGUGCUGUCUCUUCCAAAUUUGUCGAGGAUUGCGUUUCCAAGGGGGAAAUUGUCAACAAGGAGGAGUAUCUUGUUGCUGUUCCAACUGCGACUCCAUACCCUCACCACACUUACCAGUCCUGGCGGUCACGAUACGUUGAGAAACUUUUACACCUCCCACCACAACAGUCUGUCCACCCGCUUCCGCCUCCCAUCCCGACGCUAGUCAAGUCUAAAUCGUCAAGUGAUGCACGAGCUGCACCGCCAUCGACUGCAUCGUCGACUGUCGGAAAGAAGUCGGCUAAGAGGAGGGAAUUCACAAAGCAAGAUGAUGAGAUUCUGCUUCAGCAUCUGGAUAGGUGGCAAGGGUCAGAGUCUGGGCAGAAUGCAUACAAAGAGCUGGAAGAACAGUACCCACAUCAUACCUGGCAGUCGUGGCGGAAUCGAUACGUCAAGACCUUGUCGAAACGAAGGGAUUCUGGCUCCGGCGAUGAGCUGCCGCCAGCAAAGCGACCGCGGAAGUCUACCGCCAGUGAUACUGUUCCGUCCCGCACGCCCACGGCACCGCCCACGACGCAACUGGAAUUGAGCCAGAAAGACAAGGAAAAAUAUGAGGCACUCCGGGAAAAAAAGAGAAAGAUGGCGGAGGCCAAAGCUGCAAAACAAGCCAAGUCAACCAGCCAAACGAGUACAGCAGGCCAGGCCCAGGCCUCAAGCUGUGUGGAAGAGCGGGAGAAACAACCCCGAGCUGCCAGUGCGGCAUCGUCGCCACCAUUGCCAUCAGGCAGCCAGAAAGAGGAGCUGAAACGAAAGCUGAAGCGGAUUCGAGCGGAAAAGGCACGGAAAGGGGCGUCUACCCCGCUAAAACCUACUCAAGGCGGGCAAUCCGAGAGAACAGCGGGUGCUUCUAGCAGUACACCACUACCGCCGGCGACAAAUGAGACCUCUUCUGGGUUCCUAACGCAAGUCUCUGCCCCCAAUAUCGACAGCCCUGCCUUUUCAACUCAGGUGUCUGCCGCAGUAGCGGAAACACCGCAGGCUCCGACGCCUGCGCAGCAGAAAGAGCUCGAGCAAGCUAGGAUUCGAUCACGGAAGAACAUGAAUGGGUUGAUAACCUCGAGGGAGUCCUGGUUGGAGUUAAGGCGUAUGUUUAGUGAGUUUAAUGAACUACCUGAACCGAGCGAGACUGUGACGGUGUUUGGGCGGGAGGUGGACUGUUGGGAUUUGUGGUCUGAGGUUGUGGAGGUUGGGUACCCGCCUUCGCCGGCCGCGUGGGUGCUUAUUGCGGAGGGGUUGGGGUUUGUGGAUGAUCAGGAGUUGAGGGAGGAGGGGGAGAGGAGUGUGGUGCAGGCGCUGAAGGAGGGGUUUGAGGGGGGUUUGGAAGAGUUUUGGUUUGCGGUGGAGUGGUUUGCUGGGGAGAGGUUUCAGGGGGUGGAGGUGGUGGAGGAGGAGGAGGAGGAGUGA